GGCCGGGCGGCGACGUGCGCCUCGGGGCUGGGCCGGCCGGCGGGAGCGGAGCGCGGCGCGGAGGCGAGGCCGGGCCCGGAGGGCGGGCGGGCGCCGCGAAGGGCGGAGGGCGGAGGGCGGAGGGCGGCGGCGCGGGCAGGAGCGCGGCCCGUGGGGGCGAGCAGGCGGCAGGCCUGCGGGGAUCGGGGGCGCUGGAGGUGGGGGGCGCCGGGCCCGAUCGCCGCCUCUCGCGGUGCCCGCAGGUCCCCGGGCGCGCAGCCCUCGCCCCGCCGCCGCCUGCCCCGGGCCCCGGAGAGCGGUGGAGGAGCCCCCGGAGGAGCGGGGGGCCCGCGCCCCGCGCCCCCUAGACAUGGUGGGCCACCUGCAUCUGCAGGACAUGGAGGACAGCCUGAAGGAGCCGGGCCGGGAGGGCUUGCUGGACAGCCCCGACUCCGGGCUGCCCCCCAGCCCCAGCCCCAGCCCGCCCUUCUACUCCCUGGCGCCCGGCAUCCUCGACGCGCGCGCGGGGGGCAGCGGCGCCUCCUCGGAGCCCCCGGGACCCAGCGAGGCCAGAGCGGCCCCCUCCCAGCCCCCACAUCCCCCCGCAUCCGAGAUGAGGCCCCGGAUGCUGCCUGUGUUCUUCGGGGAGAGCAUCAAAGUGAAUCCGGAACCCACACAUGAGAUCCGCUGCAACUCUGAGGUCAAGUACGCCUCGGAGAAGCACUUCCAGGACAAGGUCUUCUAUGCGCCCGUGCCCACCGUCACGGCCUACAGUGAGACCAUCGUGGCGGCGCCCAACUGCACGUGGCGCAAGUACCGCAGCCAGCUGACCCUGGAGCCGCGCCCACGCGCCCUGCGCUUCCACAGCACUACCAUCAUCUUCCCCAAGCACGCCAGGAGCACCUUCCGGACCACCCUGCACUGCAGCCUGGGCCGGCCCAGCCGCUGGUUCACCGCCAGCGUGCAGCUGCAGCUGUGCCAGGACCCUGCCCCCAGCCUCCUGGGCCCUGCCAUGCUCUGAUGGGGCUGGGGCCGGCCCGGGGUGCUGGAGGGGCCAGGAGGAUAGACACGAUGAGCUUGGCCUGGCACUCGGGCAGGGGGCAGGCGGCAGGCGGGGACGCCGCCAGGCCAAGGACCCGUGUGGAAGGAGACAGACCCACAGGCUGGGUGGGGUGUCUCCUUGUUUUGGUGUCAAGGACUCAAUAAAAGUACCUAUUUUCUUAGCACUUAAGCCAGAAAGGCAGUAGAGGCACGCGCUGUUAGGUGGUGGCCACCUCCAGGGUCAGGGGAGAAGAAUGGGUCCACGGCGUGCCCUUGAAGCCGAGAACCACCUUGAGCAGUGCAAGGACAGAGGCAUCCCAGCCUCAGCUGGUGGGGGCAGCUGCAGCUCCCCGAGAGCCCUGCCACCCUGUGUGCCCCAGGCUGGUGGCCGAGGCCGUGUGUAAGGGAAGGGGGUGCCUCGCUUCCCUGCUGCUGGCCUGGGGUGUUUCCCAAACAGGCCUUUCAUGCGUGUGCAGUUGCACCAAAAGGUCCGGAGCCGUGGCUAAGCCACCUCUGGCAGAUUGAGCCAGGAGGUUGGGCAGAGGCUGGGUGCUGAUGCCAGGGCUGAGGUUGGUUAUAUUGGGGGCAGGGAAGGCCUAGAAAUACUUUGAGCUGUGGCCUUGCCACUGUCUCGUGCCCUCUAGUGUUGAAGAUUCGGGGCACUGCCCAUCUAAGUGGAAUGGUUGGUGCUCAGCCUUUGGAGCCUCACCUGCGGGGCGCCCCCAGCUAAACACCCAUCCCUGCACCGCCUCCAGGGCUAGAACCCUUGAUGUCAAAAUCAAAGUGCCCAGCAGAGGCAGUGAAGCUCUCGGAAAUGCUGCCACCUGUGAGGGGCCAGGUCUGAACUCGAGGGAGUCAGAGCUCAGCUGUCGGUUUAAAGAGACACCAGGGGACCGGGUUGCAGCCCUCAGCCUGCGUUUCUGUGCGUGAUGGAUUCUGCAGUGACAGCCCGUUACUCCUUCCUGCCGCAGACUCGCCCCUGCCUGUGGGAUGUUGUGGGAAGAAUGAAGCCUGGGAGCCAGAUGAAGACUUGGCUCAGGGUUCCCUGGAACAAGCCAGGAAGCACGGGGCGCGGGGGAGCUGGGGGAGCCCCCUAGGCUGCUGAACAAACACCCCAAAGCCCGCGCUGCGGCAGGGUGCCGAGGAGAUGCCCCUGUGAGCCUUCCUCCCCCUCAGACCUGAAUGCACCCCGCAGUUGGGGGCUGUCCCUGCCACUUCCCUGGUAACCCCCAAAAGGGGGAGGGAAAGGUUCCCUGGGGCUUGAGACCUCUCUGUGGGGGGUGAGGAGGGUGAUUCUGUUCACAUCUGGGAGAGGCAGAAUGACUGAUAUAUUUUUAUGUAUCUAUACAGAGAGUACAUUUUCUCUCCAGAGAUGCUUUCUGGUUAACAAAGGAAUAACUUAAAUCAAUUGAUUAUCUCAAUAAACUGUGCAAACCCAACAC